AUGUCUCAUAUUUCCAGUCUUCAUUUGUUAUUACAGAAAGUGCGAAUGUGUGGAAGUGUUCAGACAUCUGUUACAGUAAUUGACGAUGCGUUCUCUUGUUGUAGAGAGGUAGAGAUGAGACGGAUGCUGGUGGAGCGCGAUGCGCGCUGCGCCCGCACCCUCGUCUCCUUUGCCGAUGAGGCAUCCUUUGUAGCUGCCUUUCCCUCCUACGCUGCUAACACAACGCUGGGUAAGCGGUCAGGUUUAACUUCCUCUCAGUCGCGAAAGAGACCGAUGCGUCACUGCCCAUUGACGGGUCGAAUAGCACGCUACCUCGAUCCCCUCACCCGUACGCCCUAUGCCGAUCUGGCAGCUUUUCGCGCCCUCCGGCACCUCUACCGCCUUCACUUGGAGACAGGCGCAUCUCCAGUCGAUCUGCUUCGAAGAUUUCGCAAUGGUGAGAUCAAAUUAGGUACUGACGGUGACUGA